AUGUCUUUCCUUCAUAAUCAUUCUUGCGAGUGCGUUAAGUCAGAAUUGGAUUUGUUUGCACUACCGUCUACACAAACUAGCAUUGAAAAUGGAUUGUGGAUUCAUUAUAAACCAAUUUCAUCUCUUGGUGAUGAUGGACCUAUCGAGUUUCAAGUUCCUGGGACCGGCGAUGACUACAUAGAUUUGUCUCAUACAUUACUCCACAUAAAGGCAAAAGUAUUAAAUCAAGAUUCAACUAACUUGGUAUCUACUACAAUAGUAGCACCUGUAAAUAAUUGGCUGCAUUCACUUUUUAGUCAACUUGAUGUUUAUUUAAACCAAAAACUUGUAUCACCACCUAAUAAUACCUAUGCAUAUCGAGCAUACAUGGAAACCCUUUUAAACUAUGCCCCUGCUGCUAAACAAUCUCAUCUUACUUGUAGUCUUUGGUAUGAGGAUACAGCAGGAAAAAUGGAUUCUACAGAUGGUAAAAACAUAGGAUUUGUUAAAAGACAGGAAUUGAUUAGUGAAAGUAAGGAAAUAGAAAUGAUUGGUCAUCUUCACGGUGACAUUUUUAACCAAGAUAAAUUUUUAAUUAAUGGUGUUGAAAUGAGUGUUAAAUUGGUUCGAUCAAGCGAGAGUUUUAAUUUAAUUGUUGGGUCAAACGAUGUAAAGUUUAAAGUUUGCAUUACGUACGCAACUCUUAUUGUUCGACGAGCACGAAUUAAUCCAAGUGUAUUACUCGCACAUCAAAAAGUUUUAGCUUCUACCACUGCUAAAUAUCCUAUUACUCGAGCUGAAGUAAAAGUUUUAACAAUUCCUUCGGGUGUUCAAGGAAAAACUCUUGAUAAUAUAUUUUUAGGACAGGUACCGAAAAGAUGUAUAAUUGGAUUUGUGAACAAUUCUGCAUUUAAUGGUUCCCUUACUAAAAAUCCAUUUAACUUUGAAAACUAUGGUAUUAAUUCUUUCAGCUUAUAUAUUGAUGGUCAACAAAUACCUUCAAAAGCUUUGCAACCAUCUUUUAAUAAUAGCAUAUUUACAUCAGCAUAUCAUACUCUAUUCUCGGGAACUGGUAUUCACUUUCUUAAUGAAGGAAUUGGAAUCUCUUGUGAACAGUAUGGCAAAGGUUACUGUCUAUUAGCAUUUGACUUAACUCCUGAUUUAUCAGCUAACUCAUCAACUCAUUGGAAUCUCAUAAAGCAUGGUAGUGUAAGAAUAGAAGUACGAUUUGAAUCCUCAUUAAUACAAACAAUUAACUGUAUAGUUUAUGCUGAGUUUGAUAAUAUUAUUGAGAUAGAUAAAAACAGAAAUGUUACUGUAGACUAUAGUAGUUAA